UAGGCCCUACAAGGAUAUAUCUGCUACGGCUCUCAAACGAUAUACUGCAUAAAGAAGGUGUAUCCGAAGACUGUGACGGGUGUUUUUAUCAGGAAGAUAAUUGAUGGUCCAUCAUGUGGUCUUUGUCAGCUCUCGUUCUUUGUCUCUUUGUGACGUCAUUCUCUGGAUGUGAAGCAUUUUUCAAUCUUAACUCGGUGAAAAAAUCGUUUACCACAUCCGAUUGUGGACAAAGAUUAGGUCAAAAUGCAGCUAUCCGUUUCAACCAAGUAUCGGUCACACCCGAGCCGAUAACCCUGCCAGGAACGAUACGUAUCGCUGUCAAUAUCGACAUCGUUCGUAACAUCUCGCAGACAUUGUCGGCUGAUAUCACAGUGAAGAGACGACUCAAUCUUGGUUGGUUUGGAUAUUCAUGGUUUGACGUCACGCCGCCAUGCAUCCCAUCCGCGGUUCAAGGAUGCCGUACUGACCUCUGUGACGUCAUCAACUCCGUUGUGCAAACCGAAGGAUGUCCAGCCGAGGUCAUUGAUAACGGUUUUACAUGUGCCUGCCCUCCGAACACGGGAUCGUACGUGACGCGGAGUAAUCUGCCUCUAGUCGUCCAGAUACGAGAGAGUGAUUUGCCUCUUCAAUUAGUUCGUGACCUCAUUCAGGGCACAUACAAAGUAACUACAGAAGUCUAUGACGGAUCUGGAUCCAUAGUGGGCUGUUUAGAGACUAUAUUUGGGCUUCUUCAUAACCAAACCCCCUAGAUAUAAGAGCUCCAAUAUAAAUUGGGCUGUUUUAGGAUAUCACUUUGGCGUUUUCAUAGCCACUCCCUACAUUAUUAUUAUUAUUAUUAUUUGUUUGGCAUCACCUUAAACGACGAGCAUCAAUGUACAUAAGGCUUCUAUCCAGAUUGAGACUAGAUUUGGGUGCAAUGUAUCUGAAUUUUGCUGUUUUAGGAUAUUAUUUCGGCGUUUUCAUAGCCAACUCCAUAGAGCAACGAAACGACGAGCAUCAAUAUACAAAUGGUUUGUGUGCAGAUUGGGCUGUUUUAAGGCCUGGUCACACCGCCCAGCGUUGUUGGAGCGGUCGUGGAGCGGUAGGCAGAGAGUGCCGAAUUUCGC